UUAAUUACUCUGUGAUUAGCUUGUCUUUGGAUCUGACAUUUUCGCUCGUCACGGAACGUUUUGUGUUGGAAAUUUCUGUAAAUUUAAUUAAAUUAUCACCUUAAAUCCAGAAUGUGGCCCUUUAAUCUUCUGUAUCUAUGUGUUUUCAAUUUCUUUGCACUUUCUCUAAUCGCUAAAAUUUAAGAAAUGGUUGUUUGUGAGACUUCUGUGAUUGAGUAGAUUCUUGUUGGUAUUUACGUAUUUCCUUAGCUACAAAGGUGAAUUUUUCGCAAUGGAUAAAGGCGUGACGUGUGAGCAUCUAAACAGACUUGUUGAUCAUCUCGGAAAGGAGCUAUGGCAGUCGAAGGAGAGCCUGGCCUGCUUUGACUGUGGGUGUCCAGGACCCAACCUCUGGAUAUGCUUGCAACCUGACUGCCAUCAUGUGGGCUGCUCUGAAGUUAAAAAUGACCAUAGCACUAUACACCAAAAGAAUUUUGCAUCGCAUUGUGUUCACAUGAAUGUAUCAACAGAGCGGAUAUGGUGUUAUUUGUGCGAAAAGGAGGUCCACAUCAGAGCAGCACUCGCUCAGGCGAAAUUGGGGUCUGACGCGUCAAUCGUGGAAGAGAUGUCUGUGAGCACCCGUCUGGGCUCUGUCGGGAUCAGCGUCAACUCGGACGAGGAUCUCGAUCCAGAUGACAUGGACUAUGAUGACGAACAACGCCCUAGAGGUCUAGUGGGCCUACAAAAUAUGGGCAACACAUGCUACAUGAACGCGGCGCUGCAAGCGCUAAGCAACACACAACCGCUGACGUCAUACUUCCUCGAGUGCGCCGCCGCGGUUGCGGUGCUGGCGGGGGACAAGAAACCUGGCCUUAGUCGAGCAUACCAAAAAUUAAUUAAAGAAAUGUGGAGUCGGAGGACGAGAGGCUACGUUGUACCUAACAGUAUUCUUUACGGAAUACGAAAUGUCCACCCAAUGUUCCGCGGCUACCAUCAGCAUGAUACGCAGGAGUUCCUUAGGUGCUUUAUGGAUCAGCUUCACGAAGAGCUCAAAGAACCGGUGUGGGACAGCACAUCAGACGACAAGCUGGCUUCGGAGGCUGAAGCGGAACAGAACAACCAGAACAUACACGUACGGCGGAGAGCUGCUUCAUCCGGAGCCAGUGACGCGCCAUACUUCGCUCGCAUGCGACGGAAAUCGCCUGCGCCGUCGUCCUACAGCGAAGCCAGGACCGACGGCUAUCUGAGGGUGCAGUCCCCAUCAGAGGGGGUGUCGCGACAUCGGCGGUCGGCCAGUUUUGCGGGAACACACUUCGCCUAUAACGUGAUCACACACCAGAUCAAUGGUAAUACGGAAACAACUCAGCGCGAUGUCGGCUCAGAGUCGGAGUUGUCUUGUUCGAGUGAGGCCGAGGAGAGAUAUGAGACUUGUUCUAGCGGAGCCAGCGAUGCGCCCGACCCCAGGCCUGAGCCCGCGCCCAACAACACGUGGAGUGCGGGUGGUUCGGGCGGCGGCGGCGACGGCGGUGGCGGUGCGCGCUACCGCAGCAUUAUAUCUGACGUGUUCGACGGGAAACUGCUCUCCUCCGUGCAGUGUCUUAUCUGUGAUAGGGUGUCGACCCGAGUGGAGACGUUCCAGGACCUGUCUCUGCCCAUCCCCUCCAGAGAGCACCUGGCCAUGCUGCGCUGCCAACAGCCUCCGCUCAACCACCACACGCCGCACGGCUCGCAGGAGUCCUGGAUAUGGUGGCUCUUGAGCUGGCUACGGUCGUGGUUCUACGGACCAAUAGUUUCUCUACAGGAUUGUCUGGCCGCAUUCUUCAGUGCUGACGAGCUCAAAGGCGAUAAUAUGUACAGUUGUUCCCGUUGCAAUAAGCUGCGGAACGGCAUAAAGAUGUCUGGCGUGAUCCGUCUGCCGGAGGUGCUGUGCGUGCACCUCAAGCGCUUCCGCCACGAGCUCAUGUCCAGCGCCAAGGUCGCCGCGCGCGUGUCCUUCCCCAUCGUGGAUCUCAAUAUGGCGCCGUACACGCAUAAAGAAUGCACGUCAAAAAUCACCCGCUACUCUCUAUGUGCUGUGAUAUGCCACGCCGGCACAGCGGGGGGAGGUCACUACACGUGCAUGGCGAAGGCGCCUGACGGCCGCUGGUUCGCGUUCGACGACGCGGCCGUCACUCCCCUGCCUCCCCACCACCUGGCGACGUGUGAGGCCUACGUGCUGUUCUACAGAAAAGUAAAUCCUCAGAUGACCAUCCUACGGCAGAAAGCGGCGGAAAUUUUAGAAUCAGCCAGCUCAGAGCCCAAUGAUAUUAAGUUCUACAUCUCUAAACAGUGGAUCAAUAAAUUCAACACGUGGGCAGAGCCGGGGCCUAUAGACAACAGCGACUUUGUGUGUAUCCACGGCGGCGUGCGGCCCGAGCGCGUGCCGCACCUGCCUGCGCUCGCCGCGCGCCUUCCGCAACCGCUGUGGGACUUCCUACAUCGACAUUUCGGCGGCGGACCAGCAGUGUCGCACGCGCACGAGUGCGGCGUGUGCGCGCGCGCUGCGCAGCGCAUGCGUGCGCGGCGGGCGCGGGAACUGGCUGCCUUCGCAGACUUGCAUGCUCUCUUCCAGGAGCAAGAGCGCCCCCUGGCGGUGUACGCCAUCAGUAUGGCGUGGUUCCGGCAGUGGCAGGCCUUCGUGCGUAACAAGGCGCGUCGCCCGCCGCCGCCCGUCGACAAUCGCAGCAUUAUCACCGAACAGGAGAUCGACGGUAAAACAACGUACAUGCUAAAACCUGGUUCCGAUCACGCCCAACUGAGUGAAGAACUGUGGAGGUUCUUUACCGAUAUAUACGGGGGAGGGCCAGAGGUGCGCCUCAAGUCUCCCGCCUCGCCGCUUCCCGACUCUUCGCAACCUGCCUUCACCAACACUAGGAAACUGUCCCGGAAAUACUCUGAGUCCGAUAGAGAGGACUACUGUACCAAGUCAACUUCAGAAAUGAAUAUCCGAGAAUCAAUCCCGGGGUCUCUCCAAAAGAACCAGUCCCUACAAAACAUCAACCGAAGAUUCAAACCGGCCAAAGCUGACUCCGACGAAGAAAUAACCUACCGACACUUCCAAUACAAACGGCACGAGCCCAACGGCAACUAUGACUCGGAUGAGGACAUGGACAUCAGCCCCACCCAAAGUUACACCAACACGGUACGCAUGGAGAACGGAAUAGACAGUUCAGAUCACGAUGCCAACGACAACCUCGUAUUCGUCAAGGAUAAAACUGGACACACGGACACGGAAUUACCAAAUUUAGAUAGUAUAUCCCUCAAAAAUAAGCCCUCGAAAGGGGGUAAAGUGAGAAAAAUGAAAAGACGGACAGUGAAAUGAUUCUAUCUGGCCCUCCAGUUUGUUCACAGGCUGAUGCAGAGGUCCGCGGCCGCGGGCGAGGCCGGCCACUCCUUAACCGGUGACUGGUGUUAAUACAAUGCAUUUAUCGGGUUGAUUCUAACCUAAAAACAUUGGUGUUCUUAUCUUGUAUGGAAAAUUUUAAUAUUUUUCUAUAGAUAUUAUUAUACGUUGGGCCCCAUUCGCGUUUCGCCGUUCCGCUGCCACAUUGGGCCCUGAUUCUCUAUGACAUCGCGUGAAUAAUGCGUUUGUGACGUCAUUUCAGACCACGUGACUUAUCUGUCUGAUUAUAGUGAUGUUCUUUUCCGCAGGAAGCAUUAUGAAAGGGAUACCAACAUAUUUAGAUCUGUCCUUGUGGUGGAAUUAGACACUGACUACUUCUGUUGUACACAAUUUCUAAAUCAAAAUGACAGGUCUUAAUGUAUUGCAAUAUUUUAUAAUGUCCCCUGCAGAAAAGGAUGACGUUCGUUUUAGACUUGUCAAUUGUGUUGAGAGAGUGUAGAACAGAAUAGCCACAAUGGUGUUAAUUCAAAGCCUCAAUAGCUCAACGGUUGAGGAGCAGACUGAAUUUCGAAAUGUCGGCGUUUCAGACCCCAUCCGUUGCACUAUUGUCGUACCUACUCCUAACACAAGCUUUACGCUUAGUUGUUCUAAUUCGUUUCGAGAUUGUGGAAAGUAUUUGACGUCAUAAAUUGCACUUAUAACCCACACUAAUAAGUAAAGUAAUUGAAAAUGACGGCUUGUAAUGGCAGGUUUUUGUAUACAAUACAGAUGAGUGUGAGUAAAGACAAGUUUAGUGUGCGAGUGAGAGGGAUAAUGUGCCGCCAUUUAAGAUUCGUCACUUUAUUGUUGCGGGCUAUACGCGUAUGUCAUGGCGAAUAUGGACCCCGCCCCCAAGCGACAGUGUUGAUUAUUAUGACAUCGUGAUCAUCGCAUUUUGAAUAUAUGAUACUCUUGCUGCAACUGUGUAUUUUGCUAAUAGUCUAGUAGAGUAUCUGUAGUUCACUCUGGUGUCAGUCAGUAGGAAGGAUUGCGAUUAUCACAAUGUCGUUAUCAAAGUUUCGUGCUAGGGUGCUCUGUUUAUGAUUGUUUACCGAGCCAUUAAUGACUUGAAUUGAUUACGGUGCUACAGGCAUAACGCAUAACCGAGUAGGUUCCUGCUGAGGGGUGGUUCCUGCUGACGUGACGUCACGUUGGUGACGUCACGUCACCAACGUGACGUCAUUAACUUGUGGCAACUGUCACCACUCCCGCAUCGCUCCACUACCACAGGAGCCUAUUCAUGUGCUAUUAAAAAAAUCGCAUUUUUGAUAGGUCUAAAACAGGUGCCAUCUUUGUUCACAUGGGAUGUUGUGAAAGAGAUGGCACUAGAAUUUUCAAACCUGUCAAUUAGGAUUAAAAGGUUUAUAUAACCUAAAUAGCACCAUUUUCGUUCAUACCACAUAUACCAAAAACCUUUAGAAAAUUAGUCGGUACUCUACGCGUGUGUAAAUACGAUUGUUACUGUAUUUUUACAGUUUUCUUUUCUACGAUAGAGUUGUUCUAUUUAUAUUUAUAAUGAAAUAAAUGUGCAUGUUUUUAUUUUAUAAUUUUAUUUAAAUCUGUAUUAAAAUAAUUUUGAGCUACAUUCCACGAAAGUUGGCAGAAUGUUUACUUUGUUAGUACAUAUCUAAAUGUUAAAAAAUCUGAGUUUUAGAAUACAAUCUUUUUGUUGAAGGUGUUUAAAUCAAAUGAAAUAUUAAUAGGAACUGCAAUGUAAGUUAAGACUUAAAAGCUGGUUGCGCUCUUAAAAGCAUUCACCGAACGCAACAUAUUUUCUGAAUGUACGAAAAUUCCAAUUACGACAGAAUUAUAAUAUUAUGUAUGUAAGAGCGAUUUGAUCUCGUACAGUUUAUAUAAAUUCGACCAUGUGUUUAUAUUUCGGGUAUCAAAUCGAUAUAACGUUAAAGUAAAAUGGACCUUAAUACAUUAAGAUGUCAUUUUGUGCGGACUACAUUACGAUACACGUGACUUAAGAAGUCCAUUAUCGCACGGCGUCACGAAUAUCGUAUUUUUUAGCUCAUCUGACCUAAACCCACAGUGUUUAUUAUAUUAGUAGUCCAUUUUUGCACAGUAAAAAGGACUACUUAUUUAAAAUUAUUUUAAACAGCGCUGGGUUUUAUUGUGUAUGAAUUUCGGGCAUCUUCCUUUACUUUCAAUAGGCUAUAUUGGGGUUAGCAGCACUUCCUAUGUUCAUGUUUGUUAUGUGAAUGGGGCCUUAACCUGCGGCCUCACACCGCUCGGGGAGGUGUUAGUAUUUUAGUACAAUUUUAGUUCAAAUUCAAGUAUAGUGAUAGGUGCCUACUGCUGCGUUCGGAGUAAACUAGGCUGCUUCAAAUCAAAACCUAAAUAAAGCCUUUUACUUGUUGAGAAUUUCAAGAAAACUGUUCUGAAUUUUCAGUCUUUCCUGGUAUUGUUGAAGUGGAUAAGCGAGUUCCAAGUCUAUUUUGGAAUUUGUGAGAAUUGAAGUCAGCCAGAUGCCAUUUUUAAAGCCUAUUUUCGAACUGAAUAAUAACUACCUAAAUACUUACCUCUUUAUUACAAAAAACUUGUACACUGCUUGUAAAUCGCAAAAUUAUUGUUGUUAGAUAAAAUUGUACUGUAUCCUAUCUGCGAAAUUAAGGUAGUAUAGCGCUUUCUCAGUUACGUACCUAAUAGCUCGUUCACACAGGCUGCGUAAGCGUUGCGUAUGCGUAGACGUAGUGCGUACCAUUGCGUUGUAACGUAUGAAACAUGGCACACCGCUUGCGUAAAGCGUGAACGUAUGCGUAACCCGAUGUGUU